CUGGGUCUGCAGUCAGAGCCUGUUGUUGGAACCUGCAGACACAGUCUAGCUAGGUAAAAGCCUGCAGUCAGAGUCUGCAAACUAAUACAUGCAGUCAUAGUUUAGCAGGAGAUAACCAGCAAUCAGGCGCUACAAGGGAAACCUACAGUAGGAGCUUGCUGCAGCCAGAGUCAGCGAAUGGUUGGAGUCAGGAUGGCUAAGCUGUAAAGAGGAACAAACCAGGACCCUUUUCGUGCUGUGAUAAGAAAAAGAAUCAACAGUUUGAAUAGGAAGCUGAAGCAAAUUGUUUCUGGAGAUGAAAGAAUGCUGUGGGGCAAUGCUUUAACUGAAAUGAGCCUGAGAAGGAACAAAGCACUGACUAAAACUAACAGGCAAAAGAAGCAGAGCUGAAGAAAGAUUAUCUUUGCUUGCAGAUCAUAAAACAGUUUACAAUGGCAAUGCUCUGGAAAUUCAUGAGGGUAGCUAAGUAUUCUAAAACAGCUUUACCACCAAAAGUAAAGGUAAGAGGAAUUCCCACUCAUUCAAGGCAUUCUUCAUCCAAGUCUGUACCUUCAGAUUUUGCUGCCAGUGCACCCUACUCAAAUACUGUGGAACUGCUUGGUAAAUCUUAUCCUCAAGAUGACUACAGCAAUGUCACAGAGAAGAUUCUUUCCAAGGUUGGGAAAAACUUGCACAACAGAAAGCAUCACCCUUUGUGGCUAAUCAAGGAGCAGGUGAAAGAGCACUUCUACAAACAUUAUCUAGGACGCCGUGGGACUCCGCUCUUUUCGGUGUACGACGGUCUUUCUCCGGUGGUUACGGUCCAGCAGAAUUUUGAUAGUUUACUUAUUCCACAAAACCAUGCCAGCAGAAGGAAAGAGGAUAACUAUUACUUGAAUCGUGACCACAUGCUAAGAGCGCAUACAUCCGCUCAUCAGUGGGACUUGAUACACUCUGGCCUGGACGCCUUUCUGGCAGUGGGAGAUGUCUACCGCCGAGACACGAUUGAUAACACCCACUACCCGGUCUUCCAUCAGAUGGAGGGAGUGCGCCUCUUCUCCUGCCAUGAGUUAUUCUCCAGCAUUAAAGAUGGAGAAGGUUUACAGCUGUUUGAGCAAGGCCAUCGCACUGCACACAAGCAGGAGUGUCACACCAUGGAGGCAGUGAGGCUGGUGGAGUUCAACCUGAAGCAAGUGCUCACGAAGCUCAUGACUCACAUCUUUGGUGAUGGACUGCAAGUCAGAUGGGUAGAUUGCUACUUCCCAUUUACUCACCCUUCCUUUGAGAUGGAGAUCAACUUCCAAGGAGAAUGGAUGGAGGUCCUGGGCUGCGGGGUCAUGGAGCAGCAGCUUGUUAACUCAGGGACCCAGGCGUACACCGUUGGAGGGUGUCGUACAUCUCAGUCGGCGAAUAAAUUGCUCCGGGAACAAGAAGUCGGAAGGUUUAUCCACCAAGGAAAUGGGAAGAAGAUGGACAUAAAAAAAAUGACAGGCGAGAAUAAUGUGGCAGAAUGGACCCGAUACAGCUGGCACUAUCAAUUUUAAUCUGACACUGAAUUAAUCACACUUGGAUUAAUCCUGUUCUUAUUGCACCGCUCUGGUUGCCUGUUUAUUUAUAUUCUUCCUCCAUUGUGUGCUACACAGAGGCAUGACGGAUUUAAUUCCUGUCCGUUCCAUGUUCUUAAAUUUAAAAGGCAAAUCCUUCAGCUGUGCCGUGUUUGAGGUAGUCCAUGGCGCAAUUAUCUCAUAAAAAAUGAGCAGAGUCCAGAUGCACCAUGCCAUGAAUCCCCUUCUGUAUCACAGCUGAGUAAUUCUCAAUAAACAUUUGUUCACCCAGUAUUCUCGCUGGGUAGAUCUCAUCCUGCCUGUCUGUCCAGCCAGCAAGACAUGCAGACACUCAAGUAAUGCUUUGCCUGUGUGUUUAUGUUGCCACUGGGUAAAAUUUCGUGCACAUUCAUUGGUGGUUCUUGUGGCUCAUGAUUUUAUUUUGAGGGAGCAAAAGCAACACUUUUGUAGUGCUUCAAUGUUAUGUUGCUUUCCAGACUGGAACUGGAAGAAGAUCUGGUACACAAGCCUAAGAGGACAGGUAUAGAAGAUCUGGCAUAGAAUUUUUGAAAUAUUCAGACUUUUAAAGGAAAAGAAGGAUCAGUGUUUGCCAUAUGCUGCUGAAGCCUUGAAGGAGAAACAGUGUAGCAGUAGACAAUCUGCUGAGAUUAGCCAACUGUGUGACCCUUCUAGCACAGGAAAGGUGGUUUGCUGACUGCGCUGUUGCUGUGCCUGCUCCCUCAGAAGUCUCUCGUUCACAAAAUGGCAAAUGCCACUUAAUGGAUUGAACUAGCCACACCUUAAUUUUUUUGCCUGUAGCUGCUGCAGACCUCUUACUUCUUUCUUCUCUCAUCACCUGCUAUUUAUUGUCUUUGUUUUGUAAUCUCUAAAGAAAUUCAUUGAACUCAAGUCGACUGGAGAUGUUUCUAGUUAUGCUGUAAAGAUUCAGUUUUACUGCCACGUGUUAAUACUGUGAUCUGCAAUGCUUAAUAUUAUUUUAAACGUUUGGAUUGCUACUCUAAGUGUUGCACCUUUCCUGACUUUUAAAAUCCUAGUGAAAACACGUGGCAUACAUAACUGUGUUCUUAAGCAAGUUGACUUAAAGGCGUAAAUGUUUCCAUUGAAAAUAAAUAAAAUCCCUGCUUGUUUAUACUGUCAAGGUUUUUAUCCAGACUCCUCUAUUAGCAGUAACAGGAAAACACAGAAAAAAGCACAGCUGAACCAUCUUUUAGAGUAAUGGCUCAUGUCCUGUUGUUGCCACAGAAUACAACCUGUC